AUGUCCUUAGCCGUUUCCGUAACCCAGGUAGGAGGCGUGCCAACGGGAUGCGUGCAGCGUAAGGGCGUGUCUCUGAUCGCCAGCCGCGAGCGAGGCCAACCCAAUUCCGCCAAGUUCAGGCCGUAUUCCGCCGUUUACGAUGUCUCCAAUAGUCUCGCGAAGGCUACGGCAGUCAGACGACUAGGCGUCGCACAGCAAUGGCAGGGCCAAGCCAGGCAUACCCUGCGGUCGAGGCCCCCUCGAGCGUCUCGUCCCUCAGCAGGCGUCGCGCACUCCACGCUUUGUCACGCCCCUGCCGGGUGCCGCUGCAGCAGCAGCAGCACCAGGCUAACCUCCUCGUCCGCUUCCGCCCUUCAAUAUAAUCACCGCGGACAAAGAGCCCGUGUUCUGCAACAGCGACAGCGUCAGCGCGGAGCUGUUGUGACCUCCGAUUUUUUCGGCCGCACCUUGCGAACGCCCGUCGCGCGCGCGCUUCCCCGCGCCGAUUCCGAUUUUCCCCGCAGUCGUGAUGGCCCCUCCGCAGCUGGCGCGCGGUUCUCCCGCCGUUGCCGCCUGGCCGUGUCGCCGCGGUCGCAGUCGCAAGCGUCGCAGGGCCCCACCGAGCCGCAAGCCGCGCCGACCGCGUCGCCGCCGAUCCCGGCAGAUAUCCUUCCGGCACUGGGGAACCUCGUGGAGAUUAUAGGGCGAAUGAAGGAGGAGGAGGAGGGGAAGAAGGGACAAUACCUAAGUGACGACGCCAGCGAGGAGGGGGAAAUGGGGGAAGCGGCGGAGAGGGAGGCGGAGGCGGAGCGGAUGACGAUGUCGGACGCGGAGCGCGCGGAGGUGGAAGCGCUGCUGAACGAGCGGCUGCCGAGCCACCCGAAGGUGCACCGCGGCAUGCUCGAUAACGGGCUGCGAUACGUCAUCCUGCCCAACAAACUGCCGCCCAACAGGUUCGAGGCGCAUUUGGAGAUGCACGUGGGGUCGGUGGACGAGAGGGAGGACGAGCAGGGCCUGGCGCACCUGAUCGAGCACGUCACCUUCCUGGGGUCGCGCAAGAGAGAGAAGCUGCUGGGCACGGGCGCGCGCUCCAACGCCUACACCGACUUCCACCACACCGUCUUCCACGUGCACGCGCCCGUUACCAUGCAGGGCUCGCAGGAGCCAAUGCUGCCGAUGGUGCUGGCGGCGCUGCACGAGAUUGCGUUUGCGCCCAAGUUCCUGCCGUCGCGCAUCGACAAGGAGAGGCGCGCCGUGCUGUCGGAGAUGCAGAUGAUGAACACCAUUGAGUACCGCGUUGACUGCCAGCUGUUACACCACAUGCACUCGGAGAACCUGCUGAGCUGUCGCUUCCCGAUAGGCCAGGAGGAGCAGGUGAAGAAGUGGUCGGUGGAUCAGAUCCGCGCCUUCCACGACCGCUGGUACUUCCCUGCCAACGCCACUCUCUACGUCGUGGGGGACCUCGCUUCCGUGUCGGAUAUCAUCCGGCUUAUUGAGGAGCACUUUGGUCGCACCCCACCAGGCAUGCACAUGCCGCCUCCCCCCAGCCCCACUCCCACCAUCCCCGCCCACUCCCCCUCCGUCCACUCUCCCACUCUCCCCCCCUCCAUCUCGCACCACCACUCCUCCGCGCCCUCUCUCGCCCCCGCCUCCGCCUCUUCCGCCCCCAGCUUCACUCCCCCCAUGCACCCCGCCACUUCCCCCACCAUGCCCGCCGUCCCCCCCAGCUCCGCGCUCUCCGCCCUGCACCCCCAUUCCGCCGAGUCCCCCUCCCCCUCCGCCUCCCCUGCGCCCAUCCCCGGGCCUGUGCGCAAGGAGAGGCAUGCUGUGCGCCCGCCUGUGCGCCACACGUGGGCGAGAGACCACCUGGAGGGGGAGGGCGCGGGGGGGAGUGCGGGGGAAGGCGCGGAGGUAGGGGGAAGGGCAAGGGGAGAGGGGUUUUUGCCCCCGGCGGUGGUGCCGUCAGCAGCGGCGGCACAGCAGCAGGCAGCAGCAGCGGGGGAGGGCGUGGUGAUGCCAGUGAUUUUCCAGCAUGAGCUGCUGCAGAACUUUUCCCUCACCAUGUUCUGUAAGAACCCAGUGAAGCAGGUGCAGACGCUGGGCGACCUGCGCCGUGCUGUCAUGCAACGCAUUGUGCUCAACGCGCUGCAGUUCCGCAUCAACAACCGCUACAAGAACGGCACGGUGCCCUUCCUGGGAGUGGAUCUAGAUCACAGCGACAGUGCCAGGGAGGGGUGCACCGUCACCACGCUCACAGUCACAGCCGAGCCCACUGACUGGCAGUCCGCGCUCACAGUCGCCCUGCAGGAGGUGCGGCGCCUGCAGCAGUUCGGCCUCACGCGGGGCGAGCUAGCCCGCUACGUCACCACCAUGCUGCGCGACUCCGAGCACAACGCCGCCAUGACCGACGCCAUUCACUCGAUCGACUCCUUAGAUUUUCUGAUGGAGAGUUUUGCAUUGGGGCACGCGGUGUUGGACCCAGAGCAGAGCUUUGAGUGCCUGUCGGCGAUUGCGCCGACGAUAGAGCUGGAGGACGUGAAUGCGGCGGCGGCGGAGGUGCUUGAGUUUGUGGCGGAGUAUGGGAAGGGGGAGGCGCCGAGGCCGGCUGCGAUUGUGAGCUCUUCCUCUGCGGCUACAGCUGCGGGUGUGGGAGCGGGGGCGGGGGCGGCGAGCGAUGUGGUGUUUGAGGUGACUCCCGAGGCGGUGAGGGAUGCGCUGCUGGCAGGGCUCCGAGAGGACGUGCAGCCUGAGGACGAGGUGGAGGUCCCCCGCACGCUCAUUUCCGAUGCUGAGCUGGCAGAGCUGCAGCAGAAGAUCCGGCCGCGGUUCGUGCCGUUCCCGCCCACCGAGGGCAACGCUGCUGACGUGGCACCGUCUGAGUGGCGCGUGCGGCAGUACAACAAGGAGACGGGCAUCAUCCAGCGCCGCCUGAGCAACGGGAUCCGCGUCAACAUGAAGGUGACGGACAACGAGGCGAAGGGCGGGGUGCUGCGGCUGGUGUUUCCGGGGGGGCGGGCGAAGGAGGACCCCCACGGGGCAGGCGAGGUGGCGGUGGGCGUGCGCACGCUCAGUGAGGCGGGGCGCGUGGGGGAGUACAGCCGCGAGCAGGUGGAGCUGUUCUGCCUGGCGAAUCUGGUGAACUGCAUGCUGGAGGCGGACGAGGAGUGUGUUGCGCUGGACCUGCACUUCGCCACGCGCUACGGCGGCCUUAAAGCCUCCUUCCAGCUGCUGCACAUGCUGCUGCAGCAUCCAGCAUGGGACGAGGAUGCUCUGGAGAGGGCCAAGCAGGCGUACCUCUCUUUCUACAGGUCUCUCCCCAAGAGCUUGGAGCGGCUGACGGCGAGCAAGCUGAUGGGCGCCAUGUUUGAUGGAGACACACGCCUGCUGGACCCUCACCCUGCCAUUGUGUCCAACCUCACACUCGACACCGUGCGCCACGCUGUGAUGCAGCAGCUGCUGUCGGGGAACAUUGAGUUGAGCAUAGUGGGCGAUUUCAGCGAGGAGGAGAUGACGGACUACAUUCUCAAGUACCUCGGCACAGUCACCACGCUCCCUCCCCCCGCCGAUGUCGUCUCGCCCUUCGCCUCGCUCCCGCCCAACCCUGCCUCCGCGCCCCUGCCCCCCUCCACCACCGUGCUGCCCCCACUGCACCCGCCUCCCGUGCUCGCCCUGCCUGGAGAGCCGCCCUUCAAGAUGGUCACUUCCUGCCCGCCUGCCCUGCGCCACCAGAAGGUUCUCUUGCGAGACACGGACGAGAGGGCCCGAGCCUACAUCGCAGGUCCGGCACCGAACCGGUGGGGAUUCGCACCGGAUGGGCGGGAUAUCAACACGAUUCUGGAGCCCAUUCCGCCCGGCUACACAGCAUCGCGAGCAGCAGCAAUGGCAGAUGAAGGGCCGCUGCUGGCGAGAGCAAUGCGACAUCUGUUCACCAUGGGGCGAGGCAACACGCACAGCCAAAACGGAAGAGGAGCGGGAGGAGCGGGAGCAGCGGGAGCAGCGGGAGGAGGUGGGAGGGGCGAGGGCAGCCUUUUAGGAGACCCUGACGCACAGGCGGUGGCAGUGGCACCGUUGGGAACGGCGGUGGUGGAGGGAGCAGACGGGCGCAAGUACUGGCACCGGCGCCGCCACCCGCUGUACACGUCUGUCGGGGUGCUGCUGCUGCAGGAGAUCGUUAACGCACGCCUGUUCACGACAGUUAGAGACGCACUAGGGCUGACAUACGACGUCAAUUUCGAGAUAUCUCUCUUUGACCGCCUCGCCACCGGGUGGUUCUGCAUCAGUGUCACCUCCACACCCGCCAAGAUCCAGCAGGCUGUGGAAGCUUCCCUGAACGUUCUCAGGGGGCUGCAGGCAAACCGCAUCACACAGAGAGAGCUGGACCGGGCAAAGCGCACGCUCAUCAUGCGGCACGAGUCAGACCUCAAGGACAAUGCCUACUGGCUGGGCAUGCUCACACACCUGCAGUGCGACUACGUGCCACGCAAGACCGUCUCCUGCAUCGCGGACCUGCCGUGUAUCUAUGAGAUCACCACAGUGGACGAUGUGUACACCGUCUACAACCACAUCCCGCUGGACGACAGCAGCGUCUUCACGUGCAUUGGCGUGGCCGGGGCCGUUGGGUCCGAUGUGGACUCGGCGGGGAGCGAGAGUGAUGCGAGCGAUGCAGAGCCGCAAUCAGACGAUCCUUCCAGGAUGUCGUCGGGGAAGUCAUCUCGACCAUCAACAAAGAGCGUGCUCGGGCCAGGCCAUAAUGAGAACAUCCACGACAUUUUCGACAUCGGGCAGCAGCUGGGCGCGGGGCAGUUCGGGACGACGUACGUGUGCACGGAGCGGGCGACGGGCGUGCACUGGGCGUGCAAGACCAUCCCCAAGUCCAAGCUGCUCACGGAGGAUGAUGUGGAGGACGUGCGCCGCGAGGUCGCCAUUCUCUACCACGUGCAGGACUCGCCGAACAUAGUGAACAUUCGGGGGGCGUACGAGGACCGCGACUUCGUGCAUAUCGUGAUGGAGCUCUGCACGGGAGGCGAGCUCUACGACACCAUCAUCGACCGCAUCGAAGCCAUGGGCGUUCCCUACACCGAGCACGAUGCAGCGGAGCUGGCGAGGGUGAUAGUGCGGGUGGUGGAGACGUGUCACUCGCUGGGCGUGGUGCAUCGCGACCUCAAGCCCGAGAACUUCCUCCUCUCCUCCACCAACCCCGACGCCGAGCUCAAGGCCACCGACUUCGGCCUCUCCGCCUUCUACAAGGGCGAGGGUCUGAGUCGGCACUGCGGCAGCCCCAUGUACAUGGCGCCAGAGGUGGUCAGAUGGAGGCCGGGGGCGCUGGGGGCGGGGCGCAAGCCGCCCAAGUACGGCCCCGAGGUGGACAUCUGGAGCGCAGGGGUCAUCAUCUACGCUCUGCUCUCGGGGUUCCCUCCCUUCUACCACAGCAGCCACUCGUCCAAGGAGAUCUUCAAGGCUGUGCUGAAGGGCAACCCAUCGUUCACAGUGCCGCCGUGGCCGGAGAUCUCGGACCAGGCCAAGCACCUCGUCUCCUGGAUGCUGCAAUCCGACCCCGCCAUGCGCCCCACCGCGCAUGAAGUGCUCUGCCAUCCGUGGCUGGGCGAGCCUGGCAUUGCCACGCAGGAGCCUCUGCCGCCCGUGGUGCUGUCCAGACUGAAGCAGUUCACGUCCAUGGUCAAGCUCAAGCGGGUCGCCAUGAAGGUCAUUGCGGAGGGACUGAAGGAGGAGGAGAUCGCGGGGUUAAAGGAGAUGUUUGAGAUGAUGGACACGGAUGGCAGCGGCACCAUCACUCUGGACGAGCUGCGCGUGGGGCUCAAGAAGGUUGGCGGGAACCUCACAGACGAGGAGAUCGAGAAGAUCAUGGAGGAGACGGACAUUGACCACAGUGGAGAGAUCGAGUAUGGGGAGUUUCUAGCAGCGACGCUGCAUCUGAGCAAGAUAGACAAGCAGGAGAACCUGCUCAAGGCGUUUGAGUACUUUGACGCGGACGGCAGCGGCACCAUCACGCUGGACGAGCUGCAGAAGGCGUGUGAGGAGCUAAGGCUCAGCAAGGACGAGAUAAUGGCCAUGAUGGAGGAGAUUGAUGAGAACAACGAUGGAACCAUUGACUACAACGAGUUCGUGCAAAUGAUGCGCAAGACACAAACAGGUGGAAUGAGCCGGCGCGACAUCAUGGACGGCAACAUGGGUGUGACAGAUUCUGAGCUCUCAAGCAACACAUUCCGGCAGCAGCAGCGCGUGCCGCUGCGCGCGAUGGUGCACGAGUGCAUGCAGCGGUGGUUCCGGCAGACGCAAUCCGAGGCAGAGAGCGGCGUGGCUCCCAUGCAGACGCUUCUGGCGCAGAUGUACCUGUCGGGGUAUGGCGUCAAGGCGGACGCAGCCAAGGGAAAGGAGUGGCUGAAAAAGGCAGCAGAGAGGGACGGACAGGCUAGAAUAAUGUUGCGAUCAAUAAACGCCAAGUCAAGCAACACUGCUGUCUUUGAGGACGACUUCUGA